CCCUUCCCUUGUCUGGCUGGCAGUGCUGGACCUGAUGCACUCUAGGGUACAGUUGGCCUUGCUCACUGCCUGGGCACACUGUUGACUCACGUUCAAUCUGCUGUUGACCAAGACCCCUAAAUCUCUUUCAGUAGGGCUGCUCUACAGCAGUCAUCUCCCACUUUUUGUUGUUAAAAUUCAUGCAGUUGGAGAGUGUCCAGCUUUCUCAUCUGUCUAGAUCUCUCUGCAAGGUCUCUCCACCCCUGAUGGAAUCAACAGCUCCUCCCAGUUCAGUAUCAUCAGCAAACUUGCUCAAAACACCUAGUCUUACAUCCAGUUCAUUUAUGAAAGCACCAAGGAGAAUGGAACUCUAAGAUGGACUCCGGGUUACCCUUUUAGUGACUGGUUGCCAGCCUGAUGUAAUCCCAUUUACUAUAAUCCUUGGGCCUGACCCAUCAGCCAAUUGUUCACUCAUUGCAUUACGUUUUUGUCUAGCCAUAUGAUGGACAUUUUGUCCAGAAGGAUACUGUGAGAAACAGUAUUGAAAGCUUUACUGAAAUCUAAAAGAUAACAUCAACUGAAUUCCCUUGGUCAAUUAGUUGGGUGACCUUAUCAUACAAGGAAAUUAAGUUACUUAAACAGGACUUUCCCCUCAUGAACCCAUAUUGACUAUGACCGAUGACCACAUUUUCCUUCAGGUGUUUUUCAGUAAAUCCCAUCAUAAUUUUCUCCAUAAUUUUACCAGGCACUGAAGUGAGACUGACAGGCCUGUAAUUACCAGGGUCUUCCUUCUUGUCCUUCCUUCUUCUCUGAUGCCACCAGUGAUGUCACCUCCCUCCAGCUGUGAUGCAGGCAGGCACUCUGGCAGCUCACAAUCCACCCUGCAGGGAGCCAGCCCCAGAUGUCCAAUGGCCUCUGGUUUGGCAGCAAGGUACAAGGAUCUUUGUGCUGUUGUCAUUGACACAGGGAUGGGCCACACUAGGACUGGGCUGGCUGGGGAUGAGAGACCACGAUCAGUGGUGCCCAGCCAGGGCAAGGAUGGCCCCAUUCUCACCCACGGUGUGGUCACUGACUGGGAUAGGCUGGAAGAGCUGUGGCAUGGCAUAUUCUACCAUGAGCUGGCUGUGUGCCCUGAGGAGCUGGCUGUGCUGGCUACCGAAGCCCCACUGUCCCCCAUCACCAACCGUGAGAAGGUGGCUGAGCUACUCUUUGAGGGCUUUGGUGUGCCAGCCAUGCAUAUGAUGCCCCGCUCCGUGCUUGUUGCCUAUUCCUAUGGCCAUACCACUGGUGUGGUGCUGGGCUCUGGUGCAGGCACAUCGUAUGUGGCGGCAGUACAGGAUGGCUAUGCACUGCCCCACGCCUCCUUCCGCCUGGACUUGGCUGGGUAUGACCUCACAGCCUACCUGGGCCAGAUGCUGGCAGCCCGCGGAGUGCAACUGCCGACAGAGACACUUCAGCACCUGAAGGAGAUACACUGCUGUUGCCACCCACCUGGUGCCCACCCUGAGCUCAUGAAGCCCCUCCUUCAGGAUGAAUACUCCUGCUGUGCUGAGGCCCUCUUCACCCCUGAGGCCCUGGGGAUGCCAGGCCAGGGCCUACUGGAGAUGGCAGCCUGCUCCCUGCACAUCAGUGGGGCCCAACCUGGCAACCCCGCACUGCUGCUGGCGGGGGGCACCACAUUGCUGUGUGGCUUUGCUCAGCGCAUGGAUCAGGGCCUGGGCAGGGGGCACCCUGCUGCUGCCCCCCGCUGCCAUGUUGCUGCCUGGCUAGGAGGCUCCAUUGCUGCUUCCCUUGAUGCCUUCCAGGACUCGUGGCUCUUGCAGAAUAUCUACAUCGAGAGUGGCCCCAGUGCUGUGUACCGGCACUGCUUCUGAUCCCCCAUAAAGAACUACAGGGGGUAGUAUGCAACUACCCCACCUGCUUGAAAAUUAUAAAUAAAUAAAUAAAUAAAA